UCCAACGUCCGCAGGCGCAGGGACUGUCGGGUGUCGGCGGCGGCGCUUUGCGGCUGGUCGUGCAGGCUGGGCGCGGGCGGGCGGGCGCGGCAGCUGUGGCGCGCGCAGGUGAUUGACUGGUGUCCUGGCUGAGGGCAGCGCUUGGUUCUUUCGGCUGGCAGGUGCCGGUGCCCGUUCGGGCAGAGACGGAGGCGGCGCCGGAGGCCACAAGGCUCAGCAAGUGCUACUUUGGUCAAGGCCAUGGCUCCGCGGCUGCAGCUGGAGAAGGCGGCCUGGCGCUGGGCGGAGACGGUGCGGCCCGAGGAGGUGUCGCAGGAGCACAUCGAGACCGCCUACCGCAUCUGGCUGGAGCCCUGUAUCCGAGGCGUGUGCAGAAGAAACUGCAGAGGAAACCCGAAUUGCUUGGUUGGCAUUGGCGAGCACAUUUGGUUAGGAGAGAUAGAUGAGAAUAGUUUUCAUAGCAUUGAUGAUCCCAAUUGUGAGAGGAGAAAAAAGAAUUCGUUUGUGGGCCUGACUAACCUGGGAGCCACCUGUUAUGUCAACACCUUUCUCCAGGUGUGGUUCCUCAACUUGGAGCUUCGGCAGGCACUGUACUUAUGCCCAAGCACCUGUAGUGACUACCCGAAGGGAGAUGGUAUCCGUGGAGGAAAAGAUUAUGAGCCUCAGACAAUUUGUGAGCAUCUUCAGUAUUUGUUUGCUUUGUUGCAAAACAGUAACAGACGAUACAUUGAUCCUUCAGGAUUUGUUAAAGCCUUGGGCUUGGAUACUGGACAGCAGCAGGAUGCACAAGAGUUUUCCAAGCUCUUUAUGUCACUGUUGGAAGACACUUUGUCUAAACAGAAGAACCCGGAUGUUCGGAACGUCGUGCAGCAGCAGUUCUGUGGGGAGUAUGCCUAUGUGACUGUGUGCAAUCAGUGUGGCCGAGAGUCUAAGCUUGUAUCGAAGUUCUAUGAACUGGAGUUAAAUAUCCAAGGCCACAAGCAGUUAACAGACUGCAUCUCUGAGUUCCUGAAGGAAGAAAGAUUAGAAGGAGACAAUCGAUACUUCUGUGAAAACUGUCAAAGCAAACAGAAUGCUACACGGAAAAUCCGACUUCUGAGCCUCCCUUGCACUCUGAACUUGCAGCUGAUGCGUUUUGUGUUUGACAGGCAAACUGGACACAAGAAGAAGCUCAAUGCUUAUAUCGGCUUCUCGGAGACUCUAGAUAUGGAGCCUUAUGUGGAGCACAAAGGCGGGCCCUUUGUGUACGAGCUCAGUGCAGUCCUCAUCCACAGAGGAGUCAGUGCCUAUUCUGGCCACUACAUCGCCCACGUGAAAGACCCUCAGUCUGGAGAGUGGUACAAGUUCAAUGACGAGGACAUAGAGAAGAUGGAGGGGAAGAAGCUGCAGCUAGGGAUUGAGGAAGAUCUAGCAGAACCUUCUAAAUCCCAGACCCGUAAACCCAAGUGUGGCAAAGGAACUCACUGCUCUCGAAAUGCAUACAUGUUGGUUUAUAGGCUGCAAACCCAGGAAAAGAACCACACAGUGGUUCAAGUCCCAGCCUUUCUUCAAGAGCUGGUAGAUCGGGAUAAUUCCAAAUUUGAGGAGUGGUGUGUUGAAAUGGCCGAGAUGCGCAGGCAGAGUGUGGACAAAGGCAGAGCGAAGCACGAGGAGGUGAAGGAGCUGUACCAAAGGUUGCCUGCUGGAGCUGAGCCCUAUGAGUUCGUCUCUCUUGAAUGGCUGCAGAAGUGGUUGGAUGAAUCCACACCCACCAAGCCUAUUGAUAACAAUGCUUGCCUGUGUUCCCACGACAAGCUUCAUCCAGACAAGAUAUCAGUUAUGAAGAGAAUAUCAGAAUAUGCGGCUGACAUUUUCUAUAGUCGAUAUGGAGGAGGUCCAAGACUUACUGUGAAAGCCCUUUGUAAGGACUGUGUUGUGGAACGCUGUCGUGUACUACGCCUGAAGAAUCAGCUGAAUGAAGAUUACAAAACUGUCAACAACUUGCUGAAAGCAACAAUGAAGGGCAGUGAUGGAUUUUGGGUAGGAAAGUCUUCCUUGCGUAGCUGGCGCCAGCUGGCUCUUGAACAACUAGAUGAGCAAGAUGGUGAGGCGGAGCAAAGCAACGGGAAGAUGAAUGGGAGCCCCUUCAGUAAAGAUGAAUCAAAGGAAGAAAAGAAAGAAGAAGAGGAGGAAUUAAAUUUUAAUGAAGACAUUCUGUGUCCUCAUGGGGAGUUAAGCAUAUCUGAAAAUGAAAGAAGGCUAGUUUCUCAAGAGGCUUGGAGCAAACUGCAGCAGUACUUCCCAAAGGCUCCUGAGUUCCCAAGUUACAAAGAGUGCUGCUCACAAUGCAAGAUACUAGAACGAGAAGGUGAAGAAAAUGAAGCCUUGCAUAAAAUGAUCGCAAAUGAGCAGAAGGCCUCACUUCCAAACUUGUUCCAGGACAAAAACAGGCCAUGUCUCAGUAACUGGCCAGAGGACACGGACGCUCUCUAUAUUGUGUCACACUUCUUUUUAGAUGAAUGGCGGAAAUUUGUUAGAAAGCCUGCAAGGUCUACUCCUGUGUCGUCAAUUGGGAACGCUGCCCUUCUGUGCCCACAUGGAGGACUCAUGUUUACAUUUCCUUCCCUCACCAAAGAAGACUCAAAACUUAUAGCUCUCAUAUGGCCCAGCGAAUGGCAAAUGAUUCAAAAGCUCUUUGUUGUGGAUAAAGUAAUUAAAAUCACAAGAAUUGAAGUGGGAGACGUAAAUCCUUCUCAAACACAGUAUAUUUCUGAGCCUAAUCUCUGUCCAGAUUGCAGAGAAGGUCUACUGUGCCAGCAGCAGAGGGACCUUCGAGAGUACACCCAAGCCACCAUCUAUGUCCACAAAGUUGUGGACAACAAAAAGGUGAUGAAGGACUCAGCUCCAGAGCUGAAUGUGAGUAGUUCUGAGACAGAAGAAGACAAGGAGGAAGCUAAGCCAGACGGGGAGAAAGAUCCUGACUUUAAUCAAAGCAAUGGAAGUACCAAGCGACAGAAGACAUCCCAACAGGGCUAUGUGUCCUACCAGAAGCAGGUCAUCCGGAGGAGCACACGGCACAGGAAGGUUCGGGGAGAGAAGGCGCUGCUGGUGUCUGCCAACCAGACAUUAAAAGAGUUGAAGAUUCAGAUCAUGCAUGCCUUUUCAGUCGCUCCGUUUGACCAGAAUUUGUCAAUUGAUGGAAAGAUUUUAAAUGAUGACUGUGCUACCCUCGGCACCCUUGGCGUCAUUCCUGAAUCUGUCAUUUUAUUAAAGGCUGAUGAACCAAUUGCAGACUACGCUGCAAUGGAUGAUGUCAUGCAAGUUUGUAUGCCGGAAGAGGGCUUUAAAGGUACGGGCCUGCUUGGACAUUAAUCUUUGACCACUUGCUGACUGCCAAGGAAUGACCAGAAAGGAAGAUGGACUUGACGUGUUAGGGCAUUCAAGAAUUUAAUGUGGAUUUAAGAAUUAAACUCUUACCUGGCUCUUCCAAAAGGCAAAAAUCCAUUCAAAAGAGACUGUCCCAAUUGCCUUAUGUCAAAUAAAGCAGAUUGCACUGAUGGACAUCAGACUUGAAGGAAAUGUUUCAGAUUUUCUAUUUAAGGUGGGAGGGAGGGGUGAGUGAGGACUGAGCAGGCAGAGUAGCAGUAAGAGUAAAUCAUGUUUACACAGGAGGGAAUAAAGUCCUGGUCAGUUUCAUUCGGAUGCCCUGGUCAAUAGCGGAUUUGUGUCACAGUCUGUGGGCUAGCAUCCUGCUCCAAACUGCAAGUGACUGUCUAGAGGCAAGACCUGCUAACCCACCCUGUCUCUGACCUAUACUCAUCUUUCAAUAACGCGUGAAAGUGAAGGACUUGCCAACAAGGAACGUGACUUCAGAGCACCACUCCUGCAGGACAGCCACAGCCCUGCCAUCUGUUCAUUGUAUGACAGUGCUGUGUAGAAGGGUCAAGCCAGGGACAGUCUCAGUUUUCCUCUAUCAUUCCAGAGGUGAUGGAAAAUGGUCAGUGUAUGGUGGCAGCAAAGAAAGCAUCCCUGAACUUUUGAAAAGCCGGACGGAAGAGUGCAUGCUGGACUGAAGCUCCAUAGGACAGCACGGGUUUUUAUAAACAACCCUCCCAUUCUCCAGUUCUGCUUUCCUCGGACCUCACUUCUUCCUGAAAACCAUUCUUCUGAUAUACCCUAUGGGGCAAAAGACUACAGGGUGUGCUGCCUCACCAGCUCAGGAUCACUUUGUAGUGGAGCAUGGGGCUGGGCUGGGCAGUGAUUUGCAUUUUCUCUUGAGUGGAUGUUGGUAUGUUUGUGGCCCAGUUGCUGACAUAGAUUCCUCUUUUGUUUUUUGUUACUUUUUUUUUCUUUUUGAACCUCUAGUUUGUCUUAAAACUUUAACUGAUGUAUACAAGCUGAUCUCAGCAUUAGCAGCAUCUUUUGGUAACUUUCUGCCAGUGCUUUCGGCUGCUGGGUAAAACUCCCAAUGUGGUAUUUAUGUUUGCAGUGAAGAAUGUGUUCUAGAGAUGGUGAAAAGUGCAGGGCAGAGCCAGGAGAGCUGCACACCUUCUUGGAAGACUGACUACUCCAGGAGCUCCUGCCUUGGGGAUACAGGGGCGCACAGGACCCUAGCUUUCAUAUCUGUCCUUUUACUGAGCACCACAGAAAUGGGACCAAGCCUCACUCACCAAGAGCCCACUCUUUCCCAAGGCCAAGACAAUUGAGAAGUCACCAAAUGGCCUUUACUGUUCUUACAAAGAAACCCAGAACUUGUGGCUUUGUGACAAAGUGUUGUUGGUAGGACCUCAGCACCCCUAAAAGGUGGUGGGACUAGGUGGCAAGAAGCUGCUCCUUCCCUCCUUUCCUGGGAUUGGAUGUGCACAAGCCAGAAGUUAGCACUGUGAGGUUGCUUGCAUAGACAGCCUUUGUUUCCUUUACAUAGUGUUAGCGAGGUCAUAGCCAUUAACUCUUGUCAGGCAAAUACAGUGGGGCAGACCCAGUUUCAGGGAGCUGAAGUGUGCUGCUUCUGCCUCACAGCUGGCACCCGCCACUGCAGAGCCUUAUUGGAACUUCAGCUCAGAACCCGCACCCACUGAACAAGGCCACUCCCAAAAAGCUUGGGAUCUCUGGGCUGCGGCUUCCUCACAGCUUAAAGCAGAAAAAUUUCGAAGAGUAUGCACUUGGACUUAACAGCUGCCAUGAUCCUGCUUACUAAUUCAUGCUGUUUGGUUGUCGUCUGAGCUGGGACGGCCUUACAGCACAGGCUAGCUACUCUGCUGGGUUCUAAAGCUACAUUCAGAAAACACAUUAAACCAGAUGAGAAUCUCCAGGUGUCAUUAUGUUUCCUUUUUGUUUCCCAGGCAGGCUCUCCUGUAAUCCAGGCUGGCCUUUGACUCACUGUAACCAGGUUAACAUUAACUUCUGACCUUCCUGCUUCCUCCUCCCAGGUGCUGGGAUCACAGGCAUGUGGCCACUCUGACAGGUUUCCUGUACUGUGCACACCACACAAGCAUUCUGCACACCGACCUACAUCCCUGCUCUGCCCGUGUAUAUUUCUAAUCAUUCUUUAAUCCCAAGCAAAUGUGUAGAGUCUCCUAUGCUGAGAUGGUUUUUGCCAUUACCAGACAUGUAAGCUAUCAUUUGAUGUCUUUAUUCCCUGAGAGAAACCUUCUUUUCUGUAUUUAUGAACUUUAUUAAGAAUCACUGUUAACCUUUCUGCUAAAUUAAAGACACGUGUGUCUCUGUUUCCAUG